AUGGUUCUCACGUUGGAGACUUACAUCAGCUCCAGCUCCUCGUCCUACGAAGUGCAGCAGAUCCUGGGCUUCGGGGGCUUCGGAGUGGUCGCCCUCUGCUACAACACCAACAGCGGCCAGACGGUGGCGCUGAAGGUGCUCAAAGGACGGGACAACAGCGAAUUCCACUUCGGACAGAAGGAGGCCCAGAUGCUGCGCAGCCUCAAGGAGAAAGGCUCUGAGUCGUAUCACAUCGUCCAGUGGAUUGACUCGUUUAAGUAUCGGGGACGUUUCUGCCAUGAAUUCGAGAGGCUGGACAUCAGUCUACAGGAGUACCAGGCCAUGGCUCCGUGUCAGAGUCUGCGCCUCAAAAACAUCCGUCCGAUCGUCACUCAGACGGUCGGGGCGUUGCUCUUCCUGAAGAGCGUCGGCGUCAUCCACAGCGACCUGAAGCCCGAUAACGUGAUGCUGAUCGAUCACGUGAGGCAGCCCCUCGCCAUCAAACUGAUAGACUUUGGUUUGACCUGUGCUGUGAGCGACGCCAAGCCCGGACAAAUGAUACAGACAGUCUGCUACAGGGCUCCAGAGGUGGCUGUGGGCUCGUCCUUCUCUGAGUCCGUGGACAUGUGGUCCGUCGGAUGCAUCGCCGCCCUAAAUAUCCGGAUGAUCGUCCAGAUUCUGGGGCAGCCUCCCAAACACGUCCUGGACUCAGGCCAAAGGACAUGGAAUUACUUCUGUCUCCCGGACGGAGAGUCAGAGUGGAUACACGUGGUGAAGAAGAGGAAGCGACGGUUUAAAUGCACCGUUCCGUCUCUGGGUUCCAUUUACUGGAAGGAUCCUUCCAGCCUGGUGAGAGAGACCAGUGAAGUGGAGGAUUUUGAUCGGGCAGUCUUCAUAGACAUGCUCAAACGCAUGUUAGACUUAGACCCUCAAACCAGGAUCAGUCCAGAUGUGGCCCUGGAUCACCCCUUCCUCACCCUGACCCAUCUGAGCCAACUGUACCGCGAGUACAGCUUGGAGAGUAAAAGAAUUCAGCUCCAGGCAUUAGAUCUUUGCCGUAAGGAGCAGCGGUCCACUUCCUCCACUUCCUCUUCAUCCCCUGAGACCUCCAAGACCGCACAGGGACAAACCUCUAGCCUGAAGAGGAGGAGAGAGGAGGAAGAAUCCCCACGCAAACGGACCAAAAGAGAGGCUUCUGUUUCUGCUGACAGCUCUGUGCAAACAUCUGGAGAAGUCCAUGAAAAGUCUCCAGAAAAGACUCCAGACAAGAUCCUCCUGGAGUCUGUGAAUGGGCAGAAGGAGGAAGGGAAGGCGUCUGGUUCGAAAUCUGAAAAGACCAGAAAGAGGAAGGCAGAGGAAGGCGUCAUCUUGGACUCGUUCAGUCAUAAGAUGAAGAGAAAAGACUCUGUGACUCUCCAUCCAGCACAGUACUGGACGAGGACAAGACCCAAGCAAGGAGGAAGUAACGUUUCCAAGUCACCCGGAGGCGAGAGGGCCCUCACCCGGAGAAGAGAGGGCCCUCACACCCAGACGAAAGGGCCCUCAACCACAAAACAGAGGGCCCUCACUCAUGGAAGAGAGGACCCUCGCACACAAAAUGAGGGCCCUCACCCACAAGAGACGAAAGAGCCCUCAACCACAGACAAGAUGGCCCUCACCCGGAGAAGAGAGGGACCUCACCCGGAAACGAGAGGGCCCUCACCCGCAGACGAAACGGCCCUCACCUGGACACGAAACGGCCCUCACCCACAAAAGAGAGGGCCCUCACCCACAAAAGAGAGGACCCUCACUCGGAAACGUUACUUCCUCCUUGCUUGGGUCUUGUCCUCGUCCUGA